GGUACCAGCGACUUCUGCGUGGCCCCAGACAAGUUCAUCAUGAACCAAACGGAGAGCGACAUCAGCGCGGAGGUGGUUCACUAUUACCUGUACUGUGACCAGAGCCUGAGCAACCCCUUCCAGCAGGUAGGGAGGAGCUGGGCACCCCGCUUCGUGCUGCCUAGGGCAGGGGGUGUCCCCGAGGGUUGGACGACUCUGUGACCACUCCCCGCUCCCCCCUCGCAGACUCUCACCGUCUUCCAGCGCUCGCUCACCACCAUGCAGAUCCAGAUCCAGGGCCUGAUACAGUUCGCGUUGCCCCUCUUCCCAACAGCCGAGAAAGACCUGCUGGGCGUCCAGCAGCUCCUCAACUCCUCAGAGACCAGCCUGAACCAAGCCGUGCUUUUCGGUGGGAACCCACGCUAUGAGAACGUCCCCCUCAUCGGCAGAGGCUCUCCUCCUCCCACGUACUCCCCGAGCAUGCGAGCCACCUACCUGUCCGUCACCGAUGAGCACGUCAGGCACCACGGCACCGAGUUCCCGGCCUAA